UUGCAUGAAACGAUUGCCUAAACCAUGAGACCACAAUGCCCAGCAUGCUUUCGUGAGCAAAGCCCAUACUCUCCCUUGCCGUAAUUCCCGGUAAUGCAUGCUGGGAGAUGUAGUCUCUUUUUAGUUACUAUGGCGCUUUUCUUCCCACGCUACAAGCUGUAGCUGAUAGACAGAGAGCAUAGGGCCAAUGGGAACGAAGCAAUGCGUCUAGGGGCGGGCUUUAAGAGGAGAGAACCCGGGACUGAAGAGGAGUAGGGGUGUGUGGGUUCCCGAUUCUACGCAGGUCACUAUGAAAGGCUUAUAUUUUCAGCAGAGUUCACCAGGAGAAGAAAUUUCAUUUGUAUUUCAAGAAAGGGAAAAUCUUCCUGAUGUAAAGGAUAACUAUGUGAAGCUUCAAGUAAAAGCUUGUGCUCUAAGCUGGAUAAAUACAAAGCUUUUAUCAGAAAUGAAACUGGAGAAGGAAUUUUUUCCUGUUGGGAGAGAAAUUGCUGGAGUUGUACUAGAGGUUGGAAGCAAAGUAUCAUUCUUUCAUCCAGAUGAUGAAGUAGUAGGAAUUUUACCACUGGAUUCUGAAGAAUCUGGUCUCUGUGAAAUUGUUAGAAUACAUGAGCAUUACUUGGUUCAUAAACCAGAAAAGGUCACGUGGGCCGACGCGGCAGGAGUCAUCCGCGAUGGGCUGCGUUCCUAUACAGCUUUUCAUUCUCUUUCCCAUCUCUGUCCUGGAAAAUCCGUGCUUAUAAUGGACGGAGCAAGUGCAUUUGGUACAAUAGCUAUUCAGUUGGCACUCCAUAGAGGGGCCAAAGUUAUUUCAACAGCCUACAGUCUGGAAGAUAAACAAUAUCUUGAAAGACUUAGGCCUGCAAUAGGAGUGAAACAACCUUUGGUAGUUCGAGUGAUAGAUGUAUCUAAUGGAAAAGUUGACAUUGCUGAAAGCUGUUUGGAAGAAACAGGUGGCAUGGGAGUAGAUAUUAUCCUAGAUGCUGGAGUGAGAUUAUAUAGUAAAGAUGAUGAGCCUGCUUUAAAAUUACAACUACUACCACACAAGCAUGAUAUCAUCACACUUCUUGGUGUUGGGGGUCACUGGGUCACCACAGAAGAAAAUCUUCAGUUGGAUCCUCCGGAUAGUCACUGCCUUUUCCUUAAGGGAGCCACGGUGUCUUUCCUUAAUGAUGAAGUGUGGAAUUUGUCGAAUGUGCAACAAGGAAAGUAUCUUUAUAUCCUUUCUCUAAGUGAACUGACUCUUGAAAUCUUUCAGAAAAGUUGCAUUGUGAAAAGAAAACGGACGUGCUUUUUUUUAAGCUCUUUUAACGUCUGCCUUAGAAUCAAUACUGUGCCGAAGAGCGGUAAAGGCAAGGCAGUGGGGGUCACAUGACUUGCCCAGGGUCAUGCCACUGGGAAGUGUGUGCGGUCAGAUUUGAACCCAGGACCUUCCAUCUCUAGGCCUGGUUCUCCAUCCACUGAGCUACCCAGCUGCCCCCUUUGAAGUUCAUUUAAAACUAUUAUAUGGAAAAGAAUCUUAGAGCAAUCAAUUAAAGAAUAUUUACCUUUGUUGACUAAUAGACUGAAUUUUAUAAAGUGAAAACUCAGGCAUCCCUUCUGCAUCUCAGGGGUUGGGGUAUAUGUCCCCCUCUCAAAUCAUAACAUUUUUUGGCCUUCUCGUCAUACCAGAAAAUAAAUCUGAAAUUGUCCUUUUUUUUCUUUUAUUGGGUGUUUACAGUCACUUAUUUAAAAUUUGGAUUAAAUAUUUGGUCAUAGACUACAUGGUUUCCAAACUUUUUUCUGUGUCACCUGGGGCUUCCACAAAACUUCCCCCCAAAUUCCCAUUUAAUUUCUUAUGCCAACCUUCAAUAUAGCAAGACCUCUAUUGGGAAAGUUAAGAUGUAGAAGAGAUACCAAUAAUUUUAAAAUAUGUUCACUGAGUUCAGAAAAUGAACUUUUUAAAGCUGUUUUCAGGCUCACCUUUUCAACUCUUCAAAACUUAUUUUCAACAACCCAGAUGGCAAACAGAAGAAUGGCUAAAUAAUAAUUAAAAUUGUUGAAUGAAAUGUUACUAUUAAAGUGACAAUUAUUAGUUCAUUAACACAUGAAAACUUAAAAUGACAUCAUUUCAAAUUUAAAAAGCACAAAAUGAAUCUACACAAACUGAUUCAGCUUUAUAAAGAUAUAUAUAUUGCAUGUACAUUGAAGAUUAAAAGAAAAUGAAGUGACAUAAACUGAUUAGAAUUUAAUGUUCACUAAAACCAGGAAUUAGGGUUGUUGUUUUUUUCCUAAAGUUGUUCACGUUUCUAAUCUUUUUAAGUAUUUUUUUUUCUUUUUAAACUGAUUCAAGCUUCUGUCUUGCUAUGAGCUGGGUCCCCGUGCCAAUUAAAAAUGGAUUAGUUGGGGGCAGCAGGGUAGCUCAGUGGAUGGCAAACCAGGCCUAGAGACGGGAGGUCCUAGGUUCAAAUCUGGCCUCAGACUCUUCCUAGCUGUGUGACCCUGGGCAAGUCACUUGACCCCCUGACCACUGACAGCCCUGACCACUCUUCUGCCUUGGAGCCAAUACACAGUAUUGACUCCAAGAUGGAAGGUAAGGGUUUAAAAAAAAUGGGUUAGUUUACAUGCUUUAAUGUACAUUUUCCCAUUAUUUUGCCAUUUUACAGUUUACGAAGCAUUUCCCUCAUAGUAAUUCUUAUGGGUAAAUAAUAAAAGCAUCUUAAUGUCCAUAGAGAUUGAGACUUGACCAAAGUUAUAUAAAGUUACCGAAUAUCAGGACAAAUGAUUUAGACUCAGACCAAUUGAUUCCAAUGUUUUUCCUAUCAACAGAAUUUUCAUUCCUCUAUUAAUAUCUGAAAUUAAGUGAUAAGUUGGUUUCCCCCCUCUAAAUAUGGGAUUUAAAAUCUUAAGCUGCACUCAGGCUUUUGAGUCACCGUGUAUGUAUCAUUUUUUGAUCCUCUAAAAGUGGUACUGUAUAGGUCUGAAUACAUGAAAGACAUUUUCCCCAACAACUACUUUA